UCAUUGAUAAAAUCGUCUUUCCAAAAGAGUGGCAUAUUCCCACUGAAUGAAGACGCAAUUGACGACCGUUGGGUUAAGAUGUCGGCGAUCCCUGGAGAGAAGUUUUCUUCUGCCACUCCUCCACCACAUCCCUCGACUUCUGCCUCUGCCACUCCUCCACCACAGCCGUCGACUUCUACCUCUGCCACUCCUCCACCACAGCCGUCGACUUCUGCCUCUGCCACUCCUCCAUCACAGCCGUCGACUUCUGCCUCUGCCACUCCUCCACCACAGCCGUCGACUUCUGCCUCUGCCACUCCUCCACCACAUCCGUCGACUUCUGCCUCUGCCACUCCUCCACCACAUCCCUCGACUUCUGCCUCUGCCACUUCCAUUUCUUGCCCAACCUGUCUUACACCCUGCACAACAUGCCAGCCGCUCCUGAGUCCGCUGAUACAACGUCUUGUACCACCAGAGUUACAAGACAUUCUCCUCCCCGUCACAACACCCAAGUCGUCUGGCCGCAAAUCAAGGAAAAGGCUCACGGGAAGGGUUCUGACUCAUGACGAAAUUAUAACUGAAAUCAGACAAAAGGAAACAGAGAAGAAAGAAAAAGAGGAACGCAAAGAGAAACGAAAGACUGAGCUCAACAAAAAGCGAGAAGAGAAAAAACAGAAAGAGUUAGAAAAAACGCGAAAGAAGGAAGAGAGACAAGCUGAAGCUAAAAGGAAAUUGGAAGAGAAGGAAGCCAGAAAGAGAAAGAGAGAAGAGGGCAAGCUACAGGCACAAAAGAAGAAGAGGCGGGAGAAUGGAGAGGAGAAGGAGAAUCAACGGCAGCCUGUCGAUGAUCCUGGCUCAUCCAGUAAAACAGUGACACAGUCCAGACAGCGGAAGCCUCCGACAUGGCUGUCACUAUACUAUGAAACAGGCGAUGACGAUGUGGAAGUCCAGGAAGAUCUCGAGAGCUAGGCACAGUUUAGAGCCUAUUCGAAGUCACCGAGAGUGAUAAUAUUUGAAAUAACUUUGAAAAUUUGAAAGAACUAUUUUGAGGAAAAGAAUAUUUCAGUCACGAGAGUUCUAAAUUGUUCAAACAAUAUUGGAUGGAAAAAUUGGAAAAGUACUGGUAAAAUUAUCUCUUUAUUUAGAACAAUUUUCAAACAUCUAUGUGGGUUUUUUUCCUUGUUGGAAAAUGCGUCAUUUUCCCCUCCAUAACAACUUUUAUUGACCCUUAAACCAAGCUUCUAAGCUGGGUCAUUUGUUUGGGUCUUGUAUCUUUAGAUUAGUUACUUAUCAAGGUUCACAGUUAGAUUGUUACAAAGAUUUCCAAAAGACGACAUGAGAUUC